AACUGCAUCAUAUAAAGCUUCUCUGACCAAAAAUUCCCCUUAGAAUUCUCUGAUGAGGAGGACUUAACUGUGUGGAUCUGUUCUAACCUUCUGGCUUCUAUAUGAUGGCUUCAAAUGUCUGCAAACAGAAGCUUAAUGAGCUAAGAAACUGAAGAUAUCUAUAAAGGCUUGUUUGCUGGACAACUGAGCCCCUUUCAGCCGUAAUUUCAAGAUCAUUCUAAAACUCAAGCUCCAGACCAGCACAUGAUGUCUCCUGCCACCUUGGCCCUAGUGUGGAUAGCAUGCCUAAUUUGUGGUGCUUACAGCCAGUAUUCCCCAACCCCACAGAAUCUGGAUGAAAUCUCAGAGCUGUCACAGACAUUAAAUCAGGAAAAAGCUGGGCACAUUAUACAACUGGGCAGUGUGGGCACAAACCAAAGCACCAAUGGAAGUCAACAGUCUGAAGUUCAUAUUGGAAAUAUGCCACCACAAAGACCACCGCCUUGUCUCUCCCAGUUUAAAAUCCAGCAUGCAUUUAAGUAUGUCACCACCAUAUUGUCCUGUGUCAUUUUCCUGGUGGGGAUUGUCGGAAAUUCAACACUUCUAAGAAUUAUUUACAAGAAUAAAUGCAUGAGGAAUGGUCCCAAUGUACUUAUCGCCAGCCUGGCACUGGGAGAUCUUUUAUACAUACUAAUAGCUAUUCCUAUCAAUAUUUAUAAGCUUCUAGCUGGAAACUGGCCAUUUGGGGUUCACGUGUGCAAGCUGGUUCCAUUUAUCCAGAAGGCUUCGGUGGGUGUCACAGUCCUGAGUUUAUGUGCCCUGAGCAUAGACAGGUAUCGAGCUGUGGCUUCUUGGAACCGAAUACAGGGCAUUGGAAUUCCAGUUUGGAAGGCCAUAGAACUCACUUUAAUCUGGGCUGUGGCAAUCCUCUUGGCUGUCCCAGAAGCCAUUGGCUUUGACUUGGUCGAACUGGAUUUUAAGGGACAAAUUAUGCGGGUCUGCAUGUUGCCAAAAGAGCAAGAUUCUCCUUUUUUAAAGUUUUAUCAAGAAGUGAAGGUAUGGUGGCUUUUUGGUUUUUACUUCUGCCUUCCUUUGGCCUGCACUGGAAUCUUUUAUACAUUAAUGUCCUGUGAGAUGCUAAGCAUUAAGAAUGGCAUGAGAAUAGCACUCAAUGAUCACAUGAAACAGAGAAGGGAAGUGGCGAAGACAGUGUUUUGCUUGGUGGUGAUCUUCGCACUCUGCUGGCUUCCUCUCCAUGUGAGCAGUAUACUGAAAAAAACUGUAUAUGAUGGAACAGAUCCACACAGAUGUGAACUUCUCAGUUUUUUCUUAGUCAUGAAUUACAUUGGAAUCAAUAUGGCCUCACUGAAUUCCUGUAUAAAUCCAGUGGCGCUCUACUUUGUCAGCAGGAAAUUCAAAAACUGUUUCCAGUCUUGCCUCUGCUGCUGGUGCCAUAGGCCCAACCUCACUAUCACUCCUAUGGAUGAAAAGGGUUCUGGAGGGAAGUGGAAAGCUAACGGCCAUGACUUAGUCCUGGAUCGCAGCAGUUCUCGUCUGACAAACAAAUACAGCUCUUCCUGAAAUGAAGAUAAUGCAAACAGCACCACCACAAUGGACCAGAAACCACAUUUCCCUACCUGAUCAGUGUAUAUAUGAUGUAUAUAUGAUGUCAGAGAUGACAUGAAUGCCUUGUGGGCUGCAUAUAUAGUGUCCACUUUUAUGCUGUACUGUAGGCAUUUAAUCUAUUUUCAAGAUGGAAACCUGGAAUACCACCUGACCAAGAACUUUUUUAAAGGUCACAUAAGACAGGAAAUCCACCACCAAGCUUCCUGGGAGUUUUAUUUUUACUAAAAUGUAAUUUUUUUCAGGGCCUAGGACUAAGGUUAUAUGUGUGUAAUAUUUAUAUUCUUGUGUAUUUUUAAAGGGGUUGUGACAGGUUGAAUGCACAUUUUAUUUACCUGUACGUUUAUCUGUCAACAAGUGCCAGUAUUAAAAGGGUUGUAAAGGUUAA